AUGGCGGAAUUGGGGGCAGGUGUCGUGACCACCACCGCGCCCGCUGUCCUCGGCGGAUACACAGACUCCGCAUUUGACUUGGAGUCUCAUCCUGGCCCGGACGCGUAUCUGUCUUCGGGUCAUGAGCACUCGCUCAGAAAUGGCAAUCCUCGCCUGCGCGCCGCCGCGGCUGUGGCGGCCAACCAGGCUGCGCUUGCGAAGCCUGUAGGCGCCCUCCAGAGCUUUCCGAAGCUGCUCCAGCUCGACUCCUCGCCUGUGUCCCUCCCCGGGGGGCCAGCGAGUCUGUUGACUUCCGCGUCCAUGCCCCCAGUGGGGUCGCUGUCUGCCGUCCCUUUCUCCUCGUCAUACUUGAGCGACGUGCUGCCGGCGCCGGCGCCACCCUCCAGCGGCGCAGACAGCGUCUGCCGAGCGACCGCUGCGAGUGCGUCCGCACCGCCCUCCCACGCCCCCUUCGGCGCAUGCGACGGCGCCAGCACGCUCUCGAGAGGCGCGAUGACGCGCGGCACGUCGACCACGAUGGCAGCCUCCAACACCAGCAGCACGAGUGCGCCCGCAGGCCUUUGGAGGACGGGUACUGCCGGCACGAGUGGGUGCGCGCCUGCGACUGACUCGCUGGGGGAGAUCAGCACCGUCAGCAGCAACGCGAACAAGGCUGCCGCCCACGAGCCCGCGAGCAACUCGGCAGCGGUGGCGGCAGGGGCCCCGGGCGUGCCAGCCGUCGCGGCAGACGCUCCCGCCCCCGAGGGGGCGACGACUGCGUUGCACACGGCCGUCGAGAAGCCGCCGCCGCCGCGGGCGAGCGCCCCGCGAGCGGACGAGGGGGCUGUGGCGGCCCCAAUGGCGGCGAACGCGGAACAGUGCUCUUCGGUGAUCAGACAGAUCAAAGACAUCCGCCACCACUACACACUCGGGCGCAAACUCGGCUCCGGGUACACCGCGAGCGUCUACGAGGCGAAGUGCGUCGCCACGGAUCAAAUCGUCGCAAUCAAGGAUGUCGACAAAACCAGACAGAGGCUGAUUGCAUGUGACACCUACUACCGGGCGGUCUACGAAACUCUGGCUAAGCUGCCGCCAAACCGUCACCUUCUGCUCCCACCGAUCGCGCUCCUGGAGACAGAGACGCAUUUCCACGUUGUCAUGGAGAGGUGCCACGGAAGCGACAUGGUGGAGUACGUGCUGAAGCACCCGCCUGCUGGCAUCAGCUCCUCUGCCUGCCGGCGCCUGAUGCAGCAGCUGCUUCUCGCUAUUUACGUUCUCCACAGUCACAACGUGCUGCAUCGGGAUAUCAAGCUCGACAACAUUAUGUUUCGCUACCCCCACGUGGAGCCCGCGCAGCAGAAGAGUCGCAGCAGCGGCGGCUCCAGCGGCCACGACAACGAGGUGGCGCUCAUCGACUUCGACAUGUGCCUCCUCCUUGACCGCCCGGACCCCCCCAAGCCACUCCUGAACGCGAACGAGAUCUCCGUCGUGGGCACUCGGGAAUACAUGGCUCCUGAAUGCUACAAGGGCCACUACAGCACGGCGUCAGACAUGUGGAGCAUUGGAGUGAUUCUGUACGUCCUCAUCGACGGGCACUUCCCCUUCGACGUGAACAACUGCACCAAGCAGCAGAACGCCAGCGGCUCCAAGCAGGGAGGCGGCACGACAAACGACGCAGACAAGACUAGCACAAGCAGCCGCGACAUCCGCCGGCUCCUUCGCCAGGGCGUACGCUUUGAGCAACGCAUCAAGGAUCGCCACCCGCUCGCGGUCGACUUGAUUCAGCGUCUCCUGACCUACGACCCCACCGUUCGCCUCAGCAGCGCUUACGAGGCCCUGUGCCAUCCGUGGCUCUCCUCGGUCGCGCCGCCCAUGCCGCGGGCGGGCGCGCCGACUUUGGCGCUCCUGCCUGGAGCCCUUCUCCCUCGUCAGGGCCUGCCUGCGUCGGAUCCGAGUGCGCACGCACACAAAGUCGCGAAGCUGCACACGGCGCGCACGCAGCUGCGCUUCGCGGGGGGCUCUACUGGGUCGCAUGUGGCGGCCCCUGUCGCCGGCUGCGCGGGCCCCGGGGCCUCUGCGGGGGACUCGGCCGAGGGCAGACUGGCAUACGACGUGCGUGGCGAGUCCAACGCCUUCUAUGAAGCCAGAAUGAGCUCGGGGCGGUCCUCCGCUGUCGGCGCCGCCACGCGCCAAGCGGGGCUUGCGCACGCGGGGAACCCCACGGCGACCCUCCGCACGGUGCUGGCGCUCGGCGGCGGCGAAGACUCCAAGGCCUCGCACUCGAACGCCGCGACGCCCUCAGGCCUGACGCGACCCAGCAACGCCGCACUCCAGCACAAGCACCUCGCCGCGGCGGCCAUGCUCCUGCGCAACCCAGGCCAACUCCCCGCGCCGCUCGCCGCCGAGUGUGAGCCCGCGCAGCUUUUUAUCGACAGCGCAAAUGAUAUGGUGGCGGAAUUCGCGAGUGCGUCGCCGAGCUCUGUGCGUCAAGCGCCUAUGUACGCGGGGGGCGACUGGGCGGUGCCCCUUCCGCAGGUCGCAGCCCACCGACAUCGCCGCGGCGAACAGGUGGCGUACAGCGCCGGCCUCGCGUCGACUGGCGAGUCUCAUUCGCGCACCUGGCCGCCGGAGGCGCUCGGGGCGGGCUCAGCUGUGGGUUUUUUUCUGCCAAGGGCCUUCGAGCCUGCGCGGGAGGCGGCCCGCGACGUGCACGGGCAUCCCAAGUGCCUGCAGCAGCUGGGGGGCUUCGAGGGCGCGCAGACGCUGCGCGGCGUCGCGCCACCGGAUCUGCGUCUUUUUCUGCCCGAGCUAGGGGACGCUCAGGCCUUGUCCCACCCGGCUGCUGUCCCCUCGCCUCACAGCCUGCAGAGCUCCGCAGCCCACGGCGGCGCAGCGGACUGGCGGACGUUGCUGGCGAUGCAGCGCGCGUCGUUCCAGCGGGGGCAGACGCCCGAGGACUCGACGACCGCGAGCGCGGCGACCUCUUCGCCGCAUUUCUUCUCGUCUCCCCUGGCGGUUUUGGGCUUGAUGGGGGCAGCGUGCGGCGAGACAGCCUCCGCGACUCGGAGUUCGUGGCGGACAAAGACGAGCGCGCCCGCGCCCCCGCCGUAUGCCCCGGAGCAUGCAGCCGCAGUGCAGGAGUGCGUCGACGCGAGCUACGGCGGGUUGGGCGCCGCCGCAAAGUCGCUGGCCGCUGCAGGCGCGUGGACGAGUAGUCACGCGGCGGCAGUCGGGCGCCUUGUCAGGGUCCCGUCGCACCAGCGCGAGCAGCCCCAGAGCGGGGGCAGGGCGCCGUUCGCUGGCGGGAGCAGCGGAAUUCCUCCGCUGAACUACCUGCAGGGGCCUGCUCCACUUUGCCACAUCCCGCCUCCGCAGCCGAAGCCCGGCGAGCCGGCAAACGCGGGCACGAGACUGACCGUCGCCGCUCCCCGACAGCAGACGCAGGACGCGGGGCUGGGCGAGUUGGAGAAGAAGCGCCAGGCGAGCGCCAAGCUUGGCGGUUUGUCGACGGAUGCGGCGGCGUCGCUCGCUGCGAACUACGCAGCCGUCCCCCACGGAUUGCAGCAGCAGGGGCCCUACCGCACGCGGCAGACGACGCGCAGGUUCCUGCUCGCGGGCGGAGGGGCGGAUGUCGCCGCCGUCCAGGGAGGUGGCCUCGGGGCGGUCGCCUACUCUGCAGAGGCCCACUGA